AUGGGAAGACGAUACCUUGGAGGCAGUGGUGAUGCCCUCACUUUCUGGAUCUCUGUGGCAGCUAGUACAGUCCUCAUUUUCUAUGGGUACGAUCAAGGCGUCUUCGGGAACGUGAUCAUUAGCGAGAACUUCCUGGAGACCUUUGGUCAUCCCAGUGCAGACACGCAAGGAACCAUGACAUCGAUUUACAAUAUCGGCUGUUUUGUUGGAGCAAUGAGCACCGUCUUCACUGGCGACUAUUUCGGUCGUCCUCGUCAAAUUCUCGUCGGGAGUGCUGUGAUAGCCGUUGGAGCUAUCAUUCAAACCGCCAGCUACACUGUUGCUCAGAUGUAUGUCGGACGGAUUGUUGCUGGGCUUGGUACCGGCAUGAACACCGCCACAGCAGGCGUCUGGCAAGCCGAGACCAGCAAAAUGCGUUCUCGCGGAAAACUCGUCAUCGUACAAAUGGCGAACUGCAUAACAGGAUUCUCAAUUUCGAACUGGCUCACACUAGGAUUUGCCUUCGCCCCCAGGGACAUCGCCUGGCGCUUCCCCCUGGCCUUCCAGAUCUUCUUCACGCUGUGCAUCUUCGCGUUAUGCCCCUUUCUGCCUGAUAGCCCGAGACUGCUGAUCCGGAAAGGCAAGCAUGAGGAAGCGCUGGAGGUCAUUGCGGCGUUACAAGGACACGGAGCGACCCCUGCGACGCCUUCCGUGCGAGCUCAAUUCGAUGUCAUCAAAGACAUUCUCGACCGAGAGCAUAUGAACACCUACACCUGGUGGCAGCUGCUCACAGGCCGUGGACCCUCCGGAGUCCUCCGCAGAAUGCUCUUAGGCGCGUGGAUGCAAGCCAUGAAUCAAAUCUCAGGCAUCAACGUAACAUCCUACUACAUGUCCUACAUCUUUAUCAACGCGUUAGGAAUCUCCGAACUCCUCUCCCGCAUCCUCGCCGCCUGCGGCUCCGUCGACUACCUCCUCUUCGCGUGCCUGGCUUACUUCGUCAUCGAGCGCUACGGCCGGCGCAAAGUCAUGAUGUGCAGCGCGGCGGCGUGCUCAAUCUGCUGGAUCGUCAUCGCGAUUGCGACGGGGUUGUCUGAGAAGGGAGGGGAUAGUUUCGUGUUGGGGAGUGUGGCUGUAGCCUUCUUCUUUGUGUUCUUCGCGAGCUUUGGCAUGGGCGUGCUGGGCGUGCCGUGGUUGUAUCCGACGGAGAUUAAUGCGUUGGAGAUGAGGACUAAGGGGGCGAGUUUGGCCAUGGCAACGAACUGGAUAUGCAACUACGCCGUCGUCCAAGCCACCCUCCCCGGCGUCGCCAACCUGGGCUACAAAUUCUGGAUCGUCUGGGCCGUCAUCUGCUUCGCCUUCAUCCCCAUCACCUACUUUCUGUACCCAGAGACCGCCAACCGCACGCUCGAAGACAUCGAUCGGUUCUUUGAGACGAAGCCGGGCAUCAUUGUGUGUAGGAAUGAGCUGACGACGCAGUUGGCGAGGCCGCAGAUUUUCGUGGAGCAGGAUGAGAGGAUUGCGAGGGCUGUUGAGGCGGAGGGGUGGAAGGGGGGUGAGGAUGGGGAGAAGGCGGAGGGGAAUGUUAUUGUUGAGAAGGUGGAGUGA